AUGACAUCCAUGUCUGAGCGAGCCUCGGAACUUAUCGAAAUCUACGGCAGUUAUCCCAUGGCAAAGCAAUUCGCUACCAAUGACUUGACCUCCGAGUUGCAGGGCAAUGAAAUCCCCGCGUACGAUGCUGCCUUUGACCCAGAUCCAACAACAAAAAGGCAUGCUGCGUGUGAUGAGUGUAGAAAGCGCAAAUUGAAAUGCUCCGGUGAGCCCGCUGGCUGCGGUCGGUGCACCAAACAACACCUUACUUGCCAUUACUCCAUUCAGAAACAGAUGGGCCGUCCACGGAAGAGACAGAAGACAGACCACGAUGAUACUGCAAUAGUAGACCAGAGCCGAGCAAAGUCUCCUUCUCCCUUGGUUCAGUUGCAACCCGAUCCUGCCAUCGAUCCAGAAUUGACUGCCAGAUUCUCCGAAAGAUCGGACUUCGAGAACAUCUGCCCUGGCCCUCUGGCACAGACUAUAAAACGGGCCAGCAAUCAGAAGCAUAAGACCACACCCAACUCGUUUCCCGAUACCUCUUCAUCGCAGACCAGUGCCACUGGCAGCUCUCGAACCCCCUCCGACGAUCAACCGCGAACUCCUCCAGACGGCAUUCCGAGCACAAAUAUAUCGUACCCUACCGAUGUCUCCCUAUGGCCGGAUUUCUCAGAGAUGUCUGCACUACCAAUGCCCAUGCAAGACCGCCAGAGACAGGAGCACCAUAUCUCUUUCGACCCCACCAAUCCUGAAUACCCAUCUGUUCCAUAUGAUCCAGAUGCCGACCCUUCCACACUCUUGAAUCUACCUUCUGUCCCAGAAUGCCCCUGCCUACCGAACUCGUACCUCACACUCUCUACACUCUCCACCCUCUCCGCAUUCCCAGUCUCCAGUGGUACGGUAGACACGCUACUAGGCGCGCACCGCACCACCAAAGCCAGUCUAUACUGCGGGGUGUGCCCACAGAAGUUCCAAUCGGGCUCCCAGAACGUCAUGCUAAGCAGCGUCUUGAUCAACGUCAUAGCAGACCACUGGCACCGAGUGCGAAAAGCCACAGCGCAAGAGCUCAAAAGGGGCUUCGGCUCCGACCCCGCCGCCUCGUGCUCCGGCCCUAGCCGUAAAAUCAGCGACAAUGACACCUCGAUGACCGUCCUCGAAGAGCUCUCCUGGCGCACAUUCGGCCACAACCUGAUCCGGGCGCACGUCUUCGGCGACGCGCCCAUCCCCCAACCGCCCGACGCCGACCCGAACCGGCGCAUCUCGCCCAACUGCCUCAGCUCACCAGUAACGCUGCUGGCGGUGCUGACGACGUUCGAAAGACGGCAGAAGCAGUGGCACGAGCAGGACGAGUGGACAGGCGAGUUCCCCAAGCGCUUCUCCACGGACCUGCAGAAGGGUUACACCGCGGGCAUGGACUUGGCGGAGCUGGAGAAGUGCCACCACCGGGCGAUGCAGGAACAGGGCGCCGAGGAUUUCCUGUGCCUCCGCAUCGUCGAGAACGGGCGGCGCGUCGUCAUGAGUCUUGAUACGCCUGUGCCGAGGGUGGAGCUUUAA